AUGGCCACCGUUCCCCAGGACCUACUGGAUGGGAUAUCCGGCACCCUCGCGAAAGAGGGUGAAAUACUGCAGAUGAUCCUCGUCACUUUCAUUGGACUAUCAUGCUACAAUGUCGCUGAGCUACUUGUACUCGUUCCAGCUACCUUCCGCCGGUGGCGCGGGCUCUAUUUCUGGUCCCUGCUUGUCUCAGGAGUCCUCGGCGUCGUACCAUACUCAAUCGGUUUCCUGAUGAAGUUCUUUACUCAGACCGACUCCGUGUUGUCGGUCACUGUCCUGACUAUCGGCUGGUGGAUCAUGGUGACGGGCCAAUCCGUGGUGUUAUACUCACGACUCCACCUUGUGUUACGGGAUGAGCGCAUGCUUCGCCGUGUAUUGCAGCUCAUCGUCGCGAACGUCUUUCUACUACACUUCCCCACAACAAUCCUCACUUAUGGCGCGAACAUCGUGCAUAGCGGCGACGCCGCCUGGGUGAAUGGGUACAAUAUCAUGGAAAAGAUCCAGUUGACUGGGUUCACAAUUCAAGAGAGUCUGCUGUCCACGCUGUACGUGAUUGAGACAGUCAAGCUCCUGCGUCUCGGGGCGGAUGUGUCUUCGCGUCCGGAUGCGCGGAGCAUCAUGUACCAGCUGAUCGGGAUCAACUGCGCAAUCAUUGGGAUGGAUCUGCUGCUUCUGAGUCUCGAAUACGCUGAUAUGUACGCCGUGCAAAUUACCUUGAAGGGGUUUAUCUACUCGCUCAAACUCAAGUUUGAGUUUGCUGUACUUGGUCGUCUGGUAGAUCUCAUCCAAGGGUCCAGACAUCCCAUUUCCCUUGCUAUUGCCGAUACAUUGCCUCUUUGCUCGAUGCAGAGGCCCCCUGAGACGCCGGAUCGCAGUGAGGAUUCGCCUUAUGAGCAGGCUGAGCCGAAGGACUUUUUGGCCCCGCCGGUCGGAGGCCAAGUUAUUCAGAGGAGGAUGUUUGUGGAGCCUGGGAGGGCGGCUUCAUUAGCAAUAUAA